AUGCCAAAGUUCUUUGCCGAGACUGGCUACAAAAAUCCGCAAGACUCCUCAAAUACCAUCUUUCAGCACGUUCACGGGUGGAACGGCGACUUGUGGUCCUACUACCAGGCCCACCCCAAAGAACAACAACAGUUCAACAUUAUACAACAGACAAUAUCAGCGCAACGCCUUGCGUGGACAGACAUAUACCCUGUCCAUAAACUGCUCAACUCAAUCCCUGACAUUCCGCUCCUUGUAGAUGUUGGUGGCAGUACUGGGCACGAUCUGCUCAAGUUUCAUAAGAUGCACCCGGAAACGGCCUCCCGUUUGUACCUCGAAGACCUAGGAUCCGUUAUCCAGAGCGCCGUGGUACCAGAGGGCAUCAACAAAAUCGAAUAUGACUUCUUCGAUAGGCAGCCUAUAAAAGGUAAUUAA